AUGAAAAUAUCUCGGGCUGCGUUCCUAGGCACAUUGCUUAGUCCGGGCGCUUUAGGGCACAAUGUUGCGGGGAUGCUUCUUAUCAACGGCACCGAGUCGCCUGAGUGGAAAUAUGUUCUUGAUGUAGCUUCCUCGUUCUAUUUCGAACCCGGAACAUACCCCCCCGGCGCCCAAAGCUACAAGCUCGAACCCAUCGUCGGGACCAGCGACCCGAACAUCACCUGCGGCAGGUUGGCGUUUGACUCAGCCCCCAAGACGGAGACGGCCGACGUGCUCGCCGGGUCCGAGGUUGGCUUCCGGGUGUCAACCGACGGAAGGGGGACCAGAAACCCGGAGAAGGGUAUAUACCCAAACUUUUGGCAUCCGGGGCCCGGUCAGAUCUACCUCUCGCGUGCUCCAAACGACGACCUCCAGAGCUACAGAGGUGAUGGCGACUGGUUCAAGAUUGCCUACGCAGGUGCCUUGGACGACCAGCACUGGUCGAUUUGGCCGAAAGUGUCCGACUUCAACUUCACCGUCCCUAAGACCACACCGCCCGGCAAAUACCUGAUGCGUAUCGAGAAUUUCAUGCCCACGGGGGAUCUCAGAUACAUCCAGUUCUACGUCAACUGCGCCUUUGUCAACAUCAUUGGCCCCGGCGGCGGCACUCCGACAGAGUUUGCGAGGUUUCCCGGCACAUACCAAGACGACGACCCAGGUCUUCUCGUGCCCCCGAAUCAGGAUAUAGGGGCCGGAACAGUCAAGAUUGAGGACAUGAAGCUGAUGGAAUACAAGCCCCCGGGCCCUCCUGUGUGGAUUGGUUGA